AUGGGUGGUGGUGGUGGUAUGUCAAGUUGGGCUGGGAAGAAUACUAAUUUAGAGACUCUGCUGGAGAACCUGAUUGAUUCUGUUCUUUUGAUGAACGAUAAGGUGGAGGGACUAAGUAACCGAUUCGAUAAACUAGAAGAAAAAGUGAACCAAGAAAUUAAUCUUGGUAGGAAUGAGAGGACUGAGUUCAUGGAUGAAGUCAAAUCAAAGUUAGCAGAAUUAAAGAAAUCCCAAGAAGAGGAUCAGACAGUAUCUGUGGGUUCUCAUCUAGUUUCAAAGCUAUCAAAUCUGCAAAAGCUAGUGGAAAAUAAAUUACCUGUGGAUGAUGCUAGCGACAGUGAAGGCUGGAAUCUCUGUCAUGAUUUGGAUGAAAAUAAGAAGUAUAAGAUUGCUUCUGGAGCCUUAUUACCUUACCAGAUCAUUCAGUCUUUAAGAUUUGAAGAAGAAAAUGAUUGCAGCGUCGCUGAGCUUCAAUGGAAGCGAAUGGUGGAAGACUUGUCGAGAAUUAGUAAACUUAAAGACGGUCUUGCAAUUGCUGAUGUGUCGGGGAGUAUGACCGGAACGCCAAUGGAUGUCUCUGUGGCUCUUGGUUUGCUAAUAUCAGAGAUGAGCCAUGAACCAUGGAAAGGAAAACUUAUCACCUUUAAACAAAAUCCUGAACUGAAAAAGAUUGAAGGUGAAACUUUGAGAUCUAAGACAGAGUUCAUUAGAAGAAUGGACUGUGGGUUUCCACCUGAUUUCAAGAGUGUUUUCGACCAAAUAUUGCAUGCGGCAGUUGAUGGCAACUUGAAGGAAGAUGAGAUGAUAAAGAGGCUUUUUGUGUUCAGCGAUAUGGAAUUCCAUGAAGCUAAUUCAGGAUAUUGUCCUCAUACCUACAAUCAUCUGUCUGGCAGUGACGCAGCUAAGAAUUGGGAGACGGAUUAUCAGGUGAUACAGAAUAACUUCAGAGAAAAUGGAUACAUGAAUGUCCCUGAGAUUGUAUUUUGGAACCUGCGUGAGUCUAACUCAACUCCAGUUUCGAGUCAACUGAAAGGUGUGAAAUUGGUUAAUGGUUUUUCAAAUAACAUGGUUCAAGCUUUUCUGGACGAGAAUUCUGAUUUUAGCCAAUUGACUCCUUCAAGUGUCGAUGUGAAUGCGGCGAUAGAGAAUAUGGGAUCACUGAAUGUAUCGGACUGUGAUUGGAGUACGGAUGAAUCAUGGGAUUGUGAUUGGAGAUUGAAUGAAUCAUGGGAUAUUAAAGGUAUGAUGAGUAUGGGAAACUAA